CCGGCGCUUGGUGGCGUUUAUGGCCGACAUCGCAGCGGGGAUGGAAUAUCUGAGCCGGCAGCGCGUCCUGCACAGGGAUCUGGCGGCCAGGAACUGCAUGUUGGACGAGCUUUGGCGCGUGCGCGUGGCGGACUUCGGGCUGUGCCGCCGCCUGGCGGGGGGAGGCCAUUAUUACCGGCAGCGCCGCUCCGCCCCCGUCCCCGUUAAAUGGGUGGCGAUGGAGAGCCUGGCGGACCGCGUGUACACCACCAAGAGCGACGUGGUGAGGGGAGGGGAGGGGACCCCCCGUGGGACCCCCACCCGUGGGAUUCCUCCCCCUCUCA